AUGGCGGCGGACCUGCCCAAGGUGAAGAGUCCGUCACAGCUUGCCCAUGUCUUUCUGAAAACGCAGAAAAAGGACGAGAUGGUGGCCUUUUGGAAGGCGUUUCUCGGCGGCACCGUACCUUACGAAGACGAAGUCAUGGCAUUUGUAGCUUACGAUGAGGAACACCAUCGCAUCGCCAUCGGACAGAUGCCUCAUACUACGCCCAAGGUUUUCAGCAGCAGUGGCCUCCAGCAUAUUGCCUUUACCUACGACGGUCUGGACGAUCUGGUUCUGGCCUACAAACAACGACUACAGCUCGGAAUGCGUCCGGUGUGGUGUGUGAAUCAUGGCCCCACGACUUCGAUCUACUACGAAGACCCGGAUGGAAACCAUAUCGAGACCCAAGUGGAUAAUUUCGCAACUCCCAACAAAGCCACCGAAUACAUGCUUACUCCAUCAUUUCGCGAAAACCCUAUUGGCACUGAUUUCAACCCCGAAGAGCUCCUUCGCCGCCUUGAGUCGGGAGAAGAUCACUGGUCGAUCAAGGAAAGAGUGAAUAGUGGCCCACGUACUGCACCUCCGGCCGUCAUGUUAGGGUUGAAGUAG